GCGUCGCCGGAGGUGAUGGCAUAUCCAGAUCCAGGAUGAUGGACCAAAGCUUGAUAACAAAAAGCGUAGAGUAUGAAAAGUGCUUGGAAGAAAUGAGGGAGCAGCUGCAGAUUUAUCAGGUGCAGAUGAGUGAGAUGAGACAGAAGUUUGAACAGGUCGCCACGGAGAACAGGAGGCUGCAUGCAGAGUUGAAAGAGGCUCUUGAGAUGCAGCUGGAUGCUCUUCCUUUUAUGCCCCUGGGAACUGCUAUUCCUGCAGAUGAAGAAAUAGUGAGAAACCUUCAGGAACAGCUCCAACUGACUAAUCAGGAAAAAGAACAAGCAAUAGAGCUCUGGCAGACUGUAUCACAGGAGCUUGAUCAACUCCAGCAGCAGCACCAGGAACACAUGACUCAAACACAGAUUCACAUGGCUGAAAGACUGAAACAGCAAGUAACUUUCAUGGACAUUUUUGUUAGUUUUGGAAUGCCUUCAUACACUGCAGAGAUUUUGCAUCUGUGUGUAGCCAAACCGAAGUGCAGUUUGUACCAGUAUCAUAGAGUCAUCAUAAAGCCAUAGGAUGGAUUGGGUUGGAAUGGACCUCAAGGAUCAUGACGUUCCAUCCCUCUGCCACAGGCAGGGCU